AUGUCUAACGUUUACUCUUACCAACAAAUCGCUGAACACAAUUCCGCAGAGGAUAUUUGGAUUGUCGUUGACGGUAAAGUUUACGAUGUCACCAAAUUCAUGGACGAGCACCCAGGUGGUGACGAGAUUAUCCUAGAUCUUGCCGGCCAGGAUGCCAGUGAACCUUUCAGAGACAUUGGUCACUCUGAAGAAGCUUUGAAAAUUUUGAAUACCUUGUGUGUCGGUAGAGUCGAUAUUAACAGCAAACCAGUUGAGGUUGAAACCCCAGAGACCUCUUCCCAGGGUACUCAUACCACUGGCGGUGAGGGAAGUGGUAAGCUUGUCAUUGCUUGUGCUAUUGUGUUCUUCAUCGUUGCUUACUACUUCGCCAACAGUCUCUAA